CUGAUACUAUCAGUACUACCAUGAAAUCAGAUACUUACCCCGAACCCCCUUCUGGGACCAUCGACUGGUCUUCACUUGGAAGCCAAAGCAGUGAAUUUCCUACUUCUCAUGUGGAAUGCACCUACUCCCCAACAGCAGGUUCCUGGGGCCCACCGACUGUGAUCAACAACCCAAAUCUUCAAAUCAACGGCUUCGCAGUGGGACUAAACUAUGGGCAACCAUAUUAUGAAUCUCUCACCGCCCGACGCACGCGAGAUAAUCGCGUCCUUCUCUUCCGGCCCCUUGAUCAUGCCCGUCACUUAGCAAAUGCUGCAGCGGCAGUAGGCAUGACGGCUAUCCCCGAGCAUCUCUUCCUGAUGUGUGUUAGGAUGGCAGUAGCAAUGAAUACUUGCUAUGUGCCUCCGCCACAUACGGACGCGGUGCUCUACCUUCGCCCGCUUCUGUUUCAGCCCAGUCUUCCUCGCAUUCGGGAUUCCCCGGUCCAGCAUACAUUCUGUGUAUUUGUCCGACCGGGAAUGGUGUAUCCGCGGACAGCGGCGCAGGAUGCAAUAGUGCUGAACGAUGUGGGGAAAAGGAAAUUGGAAGUUACAGCUCAGCUAGAUGGUCAACGGGAACAACGGGACGGAUACACUAUGAAGCUUCGACUGGAAUACUCGCGACAUGGGACGUUGAUCAACGGGUUUACGACGUCCGCAUUCCUUGGGGUGCAGGAGGAGCAUGGAAAGUAUACGUUGAUGGUGCCGAGACAUCCCAGCCGGAGCAUCAUUAGUGACACUUGCGUUGCAAUUGCUAUACGGCUUGGGUGGAAGGUAAAGGUUGGGCCGAUUUUGUUCGAUGACAUCGGCACCCUGUCCGAAGUCAUUGCCACGAGCACAUGGCACCGGCUGCUCCCCAUUCGACUAAUCUUUUGUCCAUCUGCCCGACAGACAGUAGUGUAUCAAGCUGGGUCUCAGCAGGCGGGCCCUGCGUGCCGGUUGCUGCGCAAUGCGAUCGGGAGAAUCAUGGGUGGGGAAGUCUCGGACAUAUGGCAGUGGUGUGUGCCAGUGACGCAGCAGGAUCGAUAUCCUGGUUGA